AACAUACAUCCAUGGCCACGCCCUUGUCGCUGCAGCGCCUCGUCUUUGACUUGGACCAUAGCCGCGAGCAACGAUCCGUGCUGCAGACACCCGAGACGACGAGGUGUGCCAACAAGUGUGCGCUGAGCGGUCGUGCUCAGUUGACGACGCUACCGGAUGAUCUCCUCGUGGAGAUCUUUGCCCGGCUGCCGGCCAAGUCGGUCGGCCGCCUCCGCUGCAUGUCGCGCUCGUGGGCCGCAACGCUCACGUCGGCCUCCUUCGUCGAGCUCCACCUCCGUGAGGCCAACCGUCACCGGUCCACGCCCAAGCUCUUCUUCACAACGGGGCACCCCGAGGACCCGGACAACAGGUGGCUAAUCGAUAAGGUCCUCACCAAGCCUUGCAAUGGCCUCGUUCUACUCCACCGCCUGCCCGGCAGCGGCUACUAUGUCUACAACGCAAGCACCGGCGUGCUUCUGCCCCUCCCUGACAGCGACGAUCGCCGGUGGGGCAUGGCCAUGGGCGAGUCCUACGGCCUGGGCUACAGCCCGAUCACCAAGGAGCACAAGGUGGUGCGGCUCUUUAACUCCGGCUCCACCCCCUGUUGCGAGGUCUUCUCGCUCGAUGUGUCGAUGCAGUGGAGAGUCGUCCCUCGGCAGACUCCCCCCUCACGCGUCCCUGUGCGAGUUCAUCCUGCCGUGUUCUGUGAUGGGUACCUGCACUUCCUCCAGGGUCGUGGCGGCAGCAACAUCGUCACCUUCGAUGUAGGCGACGAGACCUUUGGUCUGCUGGCGACACCCCCAUCAGCACAAGGCAAUGAUGUUCCGCUCGAGCUGACGGUACUCGGCAGACGCUUGUGCAUGUGUGUCUUCCGCGGCGGUCGAGGAAGCGACGUCGACCCUUACUGCAUCUGGCGGCUGGCCUGUCGAGAUUCCGGGCAAUGGGAGAAGCUCUACCGCGUGCUUCACCCACAGACCUGCAGGCCCCAGCUCGACCUGCUGCGGGUACCCUGGAUUUCUCCCCUCGAAACCUACCUAGCGGGCAAUGUGCAGAAGAUCAUGUUCGCCACGGAGGUGGGCGUGCUCGCGUUCGACCUCCAAGGCGGCGGCGGCGUCCCAGAGGUGCUGGUCUCGCCGACGGAGAUCGUUUCCGCCGCCGAACAAGCCAAGAUUUCCUACAGCACCGCGGGGUUGCUGGAGGAGAGCCUCGUGCCCGUGGGCCGCACGAGCGAGGAGAUCGCCUUCUCCUCCCCAUGGAGGAAGGCGUGGUCGGACGUCCUCAAGUGGCGACCCGCACGGUCGGUUGCCUCCCUGGCGCACGUGUGCAAAGGGUGGCGCGCGGUGAUCGAGAGCGACCGGUUCGCCCGGACGCACGCGCUCCACGCGAACCUGGGCAACAAGAGCCCUCGGCUCAUGCUCGUCCUCCUCCGCCCCUUCUUGAACGCCCUCGACUUCUACCCACUGCCACUGGUGUUCCGCCGGAGCAUGCAACAGGAGAUCCCUAGCCUACACGAGACGUCUAUGUCGACGGUGUGCUCCAGGCCCUGCCACGGCCUCGUCCUCGUCACCCACAUGGACGGCGGCUCCCGCGUCGACUUCGUCUGCAACCCUAUCAGGAACUACGGAUGCCGCGUAAAAACAGACCCACCAAAUUCUCCUUAUUCUGAUGGCUGGAUAGGGUUGGGUUACGACCUGCGUAGGAACGAGCACGUGCUGGCACGCCUCGUCCGUCCUGAGACUGAGACGGGCUCUCGACAUCACCAACCGAUGAAGUGCUACGUCCAGCUCAUGGGCAUCACGCCGUCACCGUGGAUCCCAAUCAGCCCCCCGCCAAGGCCGCCGGCGGUCGACAUGCAGCCUGCCUAUGCCGACGGGAAACUCUACUGGAUGGUGGAAGACGACGGCGACGAUGAUAAACCAGCUUCAAGCCGGUGUGAGCUGCUGGCGCUCGACGUCGGCACGCGGGAGUUCGCGGUGCUGCCAGGGCCGCCAUGCGACCGCGGCCAGAUCACGUCCAUUGCCGAGCUCCAAGGGAACGUGUGCGUCGUGUGCUCGGACACGGGCGCGAACGCCAUCGACGUGUGGACAUUGGGAGGUGCAGCGGGCUCUUGGUCGGCAUGGCCUUGCCGUAUCGAGCUCGGGGAGUUUCGGCAGCUGUACCCGUCGGCGGAGACCAGGCUGUUGGCCGUUGAUCCGAAGGACGGGAGGGUGCUUCUCAGCACGGGGAGAGUGUUGGGAUACUACAACCCCGAGACACGGGCGUUGCAGACCGCCUACUGUAUUUCAUCAGAAGACCUACAGGGUAUGGUUGCUCCGGCGGUCUGCCAUGAAAGCUUGCUCCGUCCACGGAUUUAGGCACAUACCAUCUAUGUAGCGGCAAAGCACCUUUGCCUCCAAUGUACUCUUAACUAGUUUCCUACUAGAGUAUUUUGUAUAUGUACGUUUUAGUCCUUUUGAGACAACUGCGUGCGGACUA